AUGGAAGGUGAAGCAAGUCUCUCACAAAUUGCUCCGCCCACCUUUGAUGGAGAAAACUAUGACCUUUGGGCAGUUAAAAUGGAGUCUUAUUUGGAGGCAUUGGACCUUUGGGAAGCCGUGGAAGAGGAUUACGAAAUUCCUCCGCUGCCAAACAAUCCUACCAUGGCUCAAAUAAAAUUGCACAAGGAGAAAAAAACAAGGAAGGCAAAGGCAAGAUCAUGUCUCUUUACUGGUGUUUCAUCAAUAAUCUUCACCAGAAUCAUGACUCUCAAAACACCAAAAGCAAUUUGGGACUAUUUAAAGGAAGAAUACGCAGGGGAUGAGAGGAUUCGAGGCAUGCAAGUGCUCAACUUGAUGAGGGAAUUCGAGAUGCAGAGAAUGAAAGAUUCUGAGACAAUCAAAGAAUACUCUGACAGGUUGCUUUCUAUUGCAAACAAAGUUAGAUUACUCGGCACUGAAUUCACUGAUUCUAGAAUUGUGGAAAAAAAUUCUAGUUACAGUGCCAGAGAGAUAUGA